AUGAAUGAAAUAAUGAGGUUGCAAUAGAAGAGUAAAAAAUAAAAUUUAGAGUUGAAUAUAUUAUGGGAAUAAUUAGCGGAGAUGUAAAUAAAAUUUGUAAAAUUAUAAUUAUUCAUUUAGAAAUAAAGAAAUAAGAGUUUGAAAAAAAGUUAGGAGAAUAGAUUUUCUUAUUUAGUUUUUGUAAAUAUUAUUCCAUUUUUAUAUUUGCAUGAAAUUUUGAAAUUAAGACUGCUGAGUAGCUAUAUGAAAGAAAUAAUAACCAAUUAUUUAUUAAAUUAUCGGUUAGAGAAAUUGAAGGUAAUUUCUUAAUUAGAAAUGGAAAUUAAUGAAGAAAAAGAAAAGCUUCCAAUAAUAUAUUAUGAAAUAUUAGAGGAUUUGAUCAAAAGGUCAAAUGAAUAUACUAAAUAAAUAUUUUAAUUGAAUAUUAAGGGAGUAAAAUUAAUAUAAACAUACACACCUUUAUUUUUAAUGUAAGUAUCUGAAUGUGAGGGAAUUGAACUAUUUAGAUUAAUACCAGAAGAGUUGAUGAAGAUGACAAAUCAUUUAAUAUUUCUUGAUUUUAGUAAGUAUACAGAUGAGAAAAGAAACUAAUUAUUAGAGAUUUAUGAAAAUAAAUUACAAAUAACUAGCUAGAUGGAAUAAUAAAUGAAUACAAAUGAUAAAUUUGAAAUUAUAUUUGCGAGAAUUGCUAAAAUGUGGUUGAAAUAAACUUACUAUUAAGAAACUUAUAAUUAAUUUAGGUUAAUAAUGAUUCUAAUAAAAAGGAAGGAAAAUAUAGGAUAAUUUGUAAGAUAAUUGGAAAAGUUAGAUAGAGAGAAUAGUCUUAAAUAAUUUGAUUGA